UAAUUCUUGGGCCAUGUUUUCCCAAACAAUCAUUCGGUCUGCAACUCGUUCUUUCUCUUCUUCCUCAGUUAUAUCCAACCGCUGUAUAGCAUAUACCCAAAAUGGUGAUCCUACGCAAGUUCUCACUGCUUUCACAUACCCCAAACUGCCUUCACCUCCGCCAAGCACUGUGAAUCUCAAAUUUCUCUUGUCGCCUAUCAAUCCAGCCGACGUGAAUACUAUAGAAGGGGUCUACCCUUCCAAGCCCACUCAUACGUCCAAUCUUGCUGCCUCGGGUCUGGGAAGUAAAGAUGAACCAGUCUUUGUUGGAGGCAACGAAGGAUUGGCACAGGUAGUGGAAGUCGGGGAAGGUGUUAAAGGUUUGAAAAAAGAUGAUUGGGUAGUAAUGGACCGACCGCAAUUGGGUACAUGGUCGACGAGCCGUAAUGUUCCUUUCAAUAGCGUGAUUAAACUUCCGGCUACUGGAUUAACGGAAGCCCAUGGCGCAACCAUGACCGUAAAUCCCACAACCGCAUACAACAUGCUCGAUGGUUUCGUCAAACUUCAGGCAGGGGACUGGGUCAUCCAAAACGGGGCAAAUAGUGCGGUCGGCCAGCUUGUCCUACAAAUUGCUAAAGAGAGGGGUCUUAACACCUUGAAUUUCGUCCGUUCUCGAGACGACUCUAGCUUGCGCUCUCUUGUCGAGCAUCUUGAAAGUCUGGGGGCAACCAAGGUCUUAACCUACGACGAUCUCAACGACAAGUCUCUACGCGGCAAGGUCAAAGAAUGGACUGGUGGCAAGGAUAUCCGGCUAGCCCUUAACUGCGUCGGCGGCGAACCCACCACGAGCAUGGCCAAGCUUCUUGGUCAAGACGCACACCUAGUUUCCUAUGGCGCCAUGUCGAAGAAACCCUUGUCCCUACCAACCUCCCUCCAUAUCUUCAAAAACCUCACUUCUCACGGAUUCUGGCAAACGAACUGGUCGAAAACACAUUCGAGAACAGAGAAAGAAGAGUUGAUUUCCAAAUUGGCGGGGAUGAUGAAAGAGGGAAAGAUUCAAGCCCCACGACAUCAAAUCAUAACUAUCGGUGCACAAGAGUCGGAUAAGGAAGCUACCGAGAAGAUACGCGAUGUGUUUCAUAGAAUGGCAGAGGGCAAGUUCAGCCAGAAGGUGCUCCUUAAGCUUGAAGGACCGGAUGUGUAGGCGAUGCUCGAGAUUGAAAUCAAGUUGGAUUAUGUUGAUAUACAGAUUGAUGCAUGAACAUAUCGGUUCUUAAAAUGACCAGCAAGCCCGCUUCUAAGUAAGCGACCGCCAGCUACAGACAUACAGUGAUUUUGCAUAACUUACCAACAUUUUGACUGGAAUUCCGAAGAGAGAGCUGAGCGCAGAAAGCCGGCACCGCAUAUGACUGAUUGUUGG